AUGCCUUUUCUCAUUUGGUUUAGUAGUCAUAAUAAAUAUGAUGAUUGUAAAAUUAGUGAAUUAAAUUCGUUGCUGGAAAUAUAUGGAUAUAGAAAAAAGGAGUACGAUGAAAAAGAAAAAAAAAAAGAAAAUGAUAAAGAGAAGAACGAAGGAUAUAAUAUAAAUCACAUAGAAUUAUUCGAGGCAGUAAAAAAAAGUAGUGUUAGAAAAAAUAUAGAGUGGGAAGAGAAAUUUAAAGUUAGUAGGAUGAUUACAAAUAAAUUUAGAAAUGAAGUAUUUCUUAAAACAAAUAUAUCAGAAGAAGAUUUAUGGGUAAAUGUAAUAUCAAGAAGUGUUUUAAUAAAAGGUGUUAUUGAAUUAUGGAGUGAAGGAAAUUCAUAUAAUGAAAUAUUAAAAGAAUUAUUAUUAAAAAAAGAUUUAUUUGAAAAAACAUUGAAAGAUAAGAAAUGGUGUUUUUGUUUUAAUUCAUAUGGGAAAAUAAUUAAUCAAGAAGAAAAAGUAGACAAAAUGAAUUUUUUUAAAAUAUUAUUAGAACCAUAUACAAAUAUUGAUUUAAUAAAUCCACAAGUACAAAUUGGAUUAAUUGAAGAAUAUGAACAAGAAAAUUAUAAUUCGACUAUAUUAAAAAAAGUUUAUUUUGGAAAAUGUAUUGCUCUUCGUAGAAAUCAAUAUAUGAAUAAUUUAAAUAAAAUAAAAAAGGAUCAUAAAAUAAUUGGAAAACCAAAAAUAGCUUGGUGGACAUCAUAUGCAUUAAAUAAAAGACCAAUAUUAGGACCCACCACAACUGAUAAUGAUUUAGCUUUUAUAAUGUGUAAUAUAGCAAAAAUAAAAAAAGGUCAUAUUGUUUUAGAUCCUUUUGUUGGUUCAGGUGGUUUAUUAGUAACAAGUUCUAUUUUUGAUGCUAUAUGUAUUGGUAAUGAUAUUGAUAUAAGGUUAUUAAAAGGAUAUAAAUUAUCAUAUUUAAAUCCUCAUAUGAAACAUAAAAGUAAUAAUAAAUCAAUAUUUGAAAAUUUUGUAUAUUAUAAUUUAAAUAUACCAGAAAUUAUUGUAUCUGAUAAUUCAAAACCUAUUUGGAACUUUUUUCAUAAGCCAUGGGUUGAUGCUAUAAUUACAGAUCCACCAUAUGGUAAUAGAGCAACCGUAAGAAUAUGUGUUACUAAUAAUGUAGAAAUGAAUGUUGUUCAAAAUAAUGAUAUCUUACCUACAUCUUUAAAAAAUCAACAAGAUAUAUAUGACAAUAAUAAUGAUAAUAAUUUUUGUAGUAGUGAGGAACAAUUAAAAAAAAAAGAAAAAAAUAUUUCAAAUGCAAAAACUAUUACAUAUAAUUGUAUAUCAGCUGUAAAAGAUUUAUUAAAUAUUGCAUCAAAUGUACUCGUAGAUAAUGGUAUGUUGGUUUUUUUGUUUCCUAUACAAUUAGAUACUAUACAAGAAGAAAUAAAUAUUUUAAAACAUCCCGAUUUUUAUUUAAUUUCUUAUGAUUUACAAACAUUUACUCCUAUCACAGGAAGACUUAUAGUAUCCAUGCAGAGAAAGGCAAGAAAUGCAUAA